UCCCUCACUCACACUGGAGUAGUAGAGACAGAGCUGCUGCACCAGAGCAGAGGACUGGAGGACGGAGUGGAGCUCUUUGACCAGCAGCAGCAGCAUCAGCAGCCUGUAUACCGAGGAAGAGGAGGAAGAGGAGGAGGAGGAGGAGUUGGACAGCGCCGGCUGCUUCUUUCCUCUUUGGAAGAACAACUUUGGUGGAUUUCGGUGCUUCGUCUGAAAACUUGUUCGGGCUUGUGGACGACUUGUCGGGUCAGCAUGGCGUCUCUGAUGAACUCUGCGUGCCUCCUCUUGCUGCCUGUUGCUCUGCUACUGAUGCCGAGCCCGUGCCCUGUUGCUGCAUCGUCAGCCAGAAGGUGUCACUCCAUCUAUAAGGGUUUCGCUCAGUGUCUGAUGGCUCUGGGCGACAGUCUCGCGGACAGCGCCCACAAGGAUGAAGACACACACGAGAUACACUCCAUCUGCAGAUCGUGGGAUGAAUUCCAUGACUGCGCUAACGCGGCCAUGGCCGGCUGUCCAGAUGAAGCGGCAGCUGUCUGGGAAUCUCUCCGCCAGGAAUCCAAGAAGAUGCAGUUCUCCGGAAACCUGUACGACAUGUGCUCCAACCGCGACAACCACCCUGUGGCCACGGUCUCCCCACACGGCUCAUCCAACCAGGAAGAGAUCAACCAGGAGUCUCUAAGAGGGCGCACUGAUCAUCUGGCAGGCUGCCUCCACCUUCUCAUGCUACUCUCUCCUCUGCUGCUGUUGUUGUUUUGGAUAUAGCUACCCCAAAGAAAUGGGACUAGUGUGAAUUGAUAUAAACUUUGUGUAUUUUUUCUUCCACAAGUCCAUAGGCUUUCCUUUUUUUCCCCUCUUGCUCUGCCAGGGAUUGAAUAUUUCUAACUGCAUGUUCAGAGGCCCGACAGUCUUUUUGAUCAUGUAUCUUUAAACUGCCUGUGCCGUUUCAUGCAUAUUCCCUGCCUUUUAAUUAGUCUCUCUAUUGGAAACACACACACAAUUCAUACAGAGAUGCACAACCACUGUACAAACAGACCUGCAAAAACAUACUAAACAGAUACAUACAGCAGCCUCUUGUCAUCUGUCUAUCCUCUACCCCCCUUCAUCUAGUUUAUCUAGUUAGUAUGAGCUUGUAUAUGAUGGUUCCAGGGGGAGUUUAUCUUCCCGAGUGUAAUAAGAGAGACAUAAUAACAUCCUCCUUGAUAAAUCUGAAAGCUAAGUGAUGUAGAGGCCAGAUGCCACGACCAGCUGAAAACAUUUAUUUAUCAGCUUUACAGUAUGAAGCAUUUGAUAAUUAUGUAAAUCUAACCUAUACGUGGCUUGCUACUGUAUCUACCUCGCCGUUUGACUCAAGCGCUGCGAGAACUCUUCAAUUGGCUUUUCAUUUCUCUUUCCCUUCUGGUCUCUGUUGAAGCCCCAGCAAUGACAAUGACAGGCUAAAAAUAUGAAUGCAGAUAAGGAAACAAAACCGAGUAUAUAUAUGUCUGGACCGUGUAUGGUCAGUCUGUGAAUUUGUGGCUAAAUUGGUCAUGUCUAUAAUGUUAAAUCCAGGACACUAGGGGACGCGCUGCUCCACUCUACUGGCGGUUCAAGCGGUGACGUACCCUACCUUGGAAAGCACCUGACUGGUCCCUGAUUCUCUGCUUGCCGUUUCAAACAGGAAACGACAUGGCGGCCUCCUCAUAAACUUUCUGUCAUUCCGUCUAAACAAUCCACCAAAAUCGACUUUAAUAACAUUUUAGGCGAGAAAUAGGCUAUGCCACUGCUGAAUCUCGUUUCAUUUUAGAUCUACAUCGCCUAGUUUCACAUCUUGGUCCAAGUUUCGUGAGCCGGACGCGUCGCAUUGGACGGGCUCAUUUGCAUAAAGUUGAGACUACUUCACAGAAGAUUAAGAUGCUCUGACAUCACCUUAAUGAUUUUGAUUGGUUUAAGAGAUUCAAACAACCAAUAAUGGCUCCUCAAGACCUUUUUUGUUUGCGAGCGAAGCACAAAUGUAGUCUGGAGAUCAGUCUGGUUUUAUGAGACUGGAGGUUUUUUUAUUAUUAUUAUUCUCCCUUCAAGGAUUCAUAUGAGCUACAUUUAGUCUAUCCAUACAAUCCAGGCUCAGUAUAGUGUACAAGUACUUUUAUCUGUGGAAUCACUUGAAAAAACUCGAGGCCCAAGAACAAAAAAAUAGCAGUGUUGACAACUCAACUAUUAGGUGCUCAAAAAAUAGGCCUCAGUAUAUUGUAUCCCUAAGUACAAGUGCUUAGCUAAGGCAUAUAUAGCACUGUAAGUUGGCGUCGAAAAACACUUUGGGACGCAGUAACAUCGUUUCGAAUGGUAUGAAAAAGAUUGUUUUUUAGCUGCCUUUGAGAAACGGCAUCAUCUAAGGGAAUCCAAAAUAUCAAUUUGAUCAAACUGGGAAUAAGCUCCUGCAAUUUGUCUUCAUACUGAAAGUGUGCUGUCGCCCCACAGGAACAUAUAGGACCACAAAACUGAAUAAAUUAAAGACAAAGAAGGAACAUUUGCAUAUAGUCUCAACCGCAGUACUAGAAAGAAAUUGAUGGAUGAAUAGUUUUACUGUAAGAACAAUGUACUCCUUAAAUGCUUUGAAGUUUAGACUCUGAAAUUAGACUCUAUAUAAAACUAGACUAUAUAUAUAGCUGCUGCAGAGUUUUAAAAGUUAAAGUGAAGUCAGAGUGCACUGGAGCUGUUUUUAUUUGGUGCUUGCCCAGGUAUGAAAUCCUCCGAGGCUCUUCCUUGGCAUCCUUCACUGUAGCCCUACAGUAUGGGACCAAUAUGUUCUCCAGUCAGAAUCACGAUCCUCUCGCAUGCCAAGUGUAUUUCAUGCUCCAAGAGCCGUAGUUUGGCCCUGCAGGCCUGCUGAAGCUGCUUGUUAUUCUAAGUGGCUCUGGGUAACAGUUGUUUCUGUCUGGCCCAGGAUCAGAAAUACUAUCAGAUUAGAGACAGACAGAGAGGGAGAGAUGAGUACACCUGGAAAACAAACACCGUUCAGCUGAGUUGAAGAUUGAAUCCACCUGUCUAGCAGCGAGCGUGUUUUACACAGGGGGCUUUAGGUUGUAGGUUUACUUUUCUUUCUUCACAAAAAAAUAAAUCAAAGCCGGGCCGACUUUAAAGAGUUGCGUUAGAAUUUGAAGUGGCACAAAACAAAAUCCUCAAAGGCUGUAAUAGUUUUAAGAGAGGAGGAAAUAAAUAAAAAAUGGUUCACUUUAAGAGCUGAUUGAGCCCGUCUACCUUGCCGGUGGCAAGUUCGUUAAAUAUACCUACAGGGUUGAGUUAAACAGAGAAGCUGAUCUGGAGACAGUUGUAUAGUGGUAAUUUUAAUAAUGUUAUUUGGUUUGGGACAACAAUGUCAAAAGUAGACUUUUCAUUGAAAUAUUUUGUUAUUCUUGUCACAUGCACACCAAUUUAACACGUUGACCCUGGGAUGUUUAGAAUAAACCCAGUAGCUAUAGGAGCCCAUUGGCAGAAUACACCGCAAGGUAAAUCUCCGUGGGAGGCUAAAGGAUCUGAGUAGAAAUUAAGAGAGUAAGAAAAAACUCCAAUCAGCCCACAGCUAUUUUUUUUUACAUAAGGGACUUCACCCAGAGAUAUGCUUGGAUGGUUAAAAGAGGCUGCUGUAGUUGUGAACUUUAAUUAAACUGACAGAAUUAGCAAUUAGAGGCCUCAAUGGCCGAUUCACCAAGGUGCAGCAAUUCGAAAACCAUCUCCGCGGAGCUCAGAUAAGAUGUUGUCACUGGAGGCUAAAUCAAAAACUUGAGGCUCUGUAAGAAAAACCAGAAUGGAUGUUUUUGGCCUAUAGUGAGUUCAGUCAUAAUAACCUCACAGAUAGCAUUGUUUUAUGUGAAAAUAACCACUUCAGAUUAGAUUUCAAAGUCUGUUUUUGCGCAGAGGCACUCCAAAACCUCGAAAGCCUCACAAAAUCUAUUUAUGAGAUGUGUUUCAUGUAAGGUACGUGGACAAAUCUGAUUUCAGAGUGGUUUUCAAUAAUGCUGCAGGGUAGAUGCAGCGUUAUUGGCCAGAGCAGAGCAGGGAAUUAUUUUCCAGCACUGCGUUUUGAGACUGUACAUCUCUUCGCCUCCAGCAACAGCUUGGUGCUCUGACAAAUAGGUUAAAUUGGACAGAAACAACUGCGGGAGAAAUUGCAACAUUCACAAACACCAAUACAUCGUUGUCACAUUAACGGUACAUUAUAUUUGCUGUUAUUACUGUGAACAAAUGGCAGAGACCAUUAGUAGCCCCUCUAUCAUGCGGUUGUUAGUGCUAAAUGUCCCUUCACAUUUAAGUCAAGAUGAAAUGAAAAAUGCCUUUUUAACCCUUUUAGAUCACAUCCCCGGUCAUAUUGUGCACCUAUUUAACAAUAUAGAGUGGAAGUCCCGCGCCUUUCCAGUGGACCACCAUGGGACCAUAUUUUGGAAAAAAUAUGAACGGUAGUCAACGACGAGAGACAAAUCUGUUUUUGAUCCUGUUUGAAUUGCGCCAUGAUUCACACAUAUGAUGUUUGUCAAUUUAAAAGAUCAUUUUGCAAGUCAAGAAAGUCACAGUUUGUUGUAAAACUGUUGAAGUAUAAGACUCUUGCUAACAAAUGAUCUUGGCUAAUUCAGACAUUACUUAGCAGCGAGUGCCAGAAAAUGUCAAACAUUUAAUUUCAUCCUGUCGUCAAGUUGCGUACAGAUGCAAUCUGCUGCUGGCGAUAUUUCUCAUUUCAACUGAGUAAAGCAAUGGUCAGUUUGGUCUAAAAAUGCUUGCCAAGAUUACCUGAAUGCUUUCUAAAUUUGGAUUUGCUAAUAAAAACGAUUGAGGAAAGACAAAAGUUGUGAGAGAGAUUUGUUAGCGUUGAAGCUUAGCAAAUAGUGCCAUUGUGUCAACACCAUGAGUCAGACCCCAAAUAUGUCGAAGGGGAAAUUGCCCACAACCUUUCAUUCCUCCCAUAUUUUUGUUUUGGAAGUACAGUGCUCUCUUACAGUUUAGCGCCAUAGUGCAGAUCAAUUAAUUUUCUUACAUACAGUCCCUUUAAGUAAAAUUUUGGAAUCUUUUCAAGAGUUAUAUGAGAAGAUUGAUGCCAGUAUCAUGUCUGUUUCUAAAUCUCACAAAUUGAUUAAUCUCGUUUAUUUAAUUUGCACAGAAAAAUAACUGUAAAAACGAGAGGCUGUGGAUGGGAAGUUGGGUGCUGUAACUAUUCCUUUAAUUAGAUAGCUUUAUAGGGUAGGGGAUAGACCUGAGAGGGGUAUCGAUUUUCUCAUCCAGCUCUCAGAAAGAAAGCAAAUAUUUCCCAAAGUGUUAGACACUUUAGAACACAUACAACCUUAAUGUGGUGGUGAAACCAACAGAGAGAGGGGGAAGAGCAUGAAACAUCAUGUCCGCUUACCAACUCACACUCAACAGCACUUUAAGCCAGCGACUUUGAGUGUGAACGAGUUAGGCUAAGAGAGACGUGGCAGAUGGCAGUAGUGAAAAAUGUAUGAUAUUUUGACCAGAGCUUUAAGUAGAACAGCGAGGAUCAGACUAGAGACAAGACGGACUGACAAACUCUCACCUGGGUACCAGAUUCAUAUACUCGCCUCCAGCAAGUGGCUGCAAGCACAGUUUUCAAGUUCAAACCCGAGGCCUCCCAGCUUUAAUUACUGAUAAGACAAAAGAGAAAUUACUAGAGCCUGAAAACUUGGGAAAGCAAAGUACAAGAUAAGUAUGGCACUGACCUAUAUGUACGUCAUUGAAGAUGCAUUUUGUGAAGAUUGACGAGGGCGAUGAUAGAAAAUAAUUCUGCUGUUUCCUUUAUCUUAAUUCUACUGCUAAUAUAAAGGAGGAAGACGGUUGUUAAAUGCAUCUAAAUUCCUUCUCCCUAGUUUUUACACACACACACACACACACACACAUAUCGUUCAAAUAAAUUGAAACAGCUAUUUCUAAAAAUGGAAAAUCAAAUCACUGUUUUAUGAUAAGAAAUACAAACUGACAAUGAGUUAGGUCACAUCACUGUGUAUAGUGUGAAUAAUUACAGCUCUAUGAAUAUCAAUGUAUAUAGCAGUAAUAUAUUUCAUAUGUAUAUUGACAAUGUCAUACAUGCCCUGCAAGUGCUACUUUUAAAGCUUUAACAUUUUCUAUUAAUUGUGCUUUACACCUAAACCACAUUAUUCGCAGGCCUAUGACAGCCUGCGUCAACUAUGGCCGCAACUUCACUGAACCGGAAUCUGCGAGAGUUAAGACCGCCACACACUGGGGGCGUGGCGAAUAAACGACAUGAAAAUGCGAAAUACUCGCUUGCACAUAUUAUAUAUUUAGGGCUUUUAUUGUGAAAGGUAAGAACAGAUCGAGUGAAUCUGGUCUGCACUGCCUUUGUCGAGGUUGAAAGGAGUAAUAAAGUUUGCCGUCCUGGUUCAAACUACGGAGCAACCGUGUUGGAUUCAUGACAAAAACAACAGUUCUAAAAAAUUUAUUGACUUGCGAAUUAAUUGCACAAACAAAACCCGCCACCGGUGUGUAACGGCCUUUAGUGCUAUGCUACUAGGGUCUUUUCUUAGAGUCAUGAUGUGAGACUACAUAAUGAGACACCUUAAAGUUAUGCAAUCAUACCCCAGCCUUCUACUACCAGGGGAUGGGAGAACAACCUGAAGAAGUGGCCCCAGUUAGUUAAGUUAAUAAAUGUUACAGAUACAUGUUAAAGGGGACAAGUUGCACUGUUCAUGGCUGCACCAACAAAAGGUAACCAAAGUUCUGUAGCAUACCACUAACUCUAGCAAGCGGCAGUUCAGUGAACGAGGCCAUUUAGAGAGCCGAAGUGAAACAGGAAUUUCCGGAUUCUGUUUCAGAAAUAAGAAAACUUCAUUUAAAAUCCCAUUGAGAUCUGUAACAACGCUAAUAACUAAAAAUCCAGCCUUGGAAAAGCGCUUUUCUCAAUAGUAUAUCCAGCCCAUUCUCAUUCCCAGGGCGUCAAAUACCAAGGCUUUGUCACAGCCGUCGGCGUUCGGUACCGCCGAACAAAGCACCCCUUCUACGCCAAUAUUAAAUGCACCGGGCGUUAAUAACUAUAAUGUAAACCAAUCCACAGCAACAGUAAAGUCCGAGAAAGUAUGCCGGGAGUGUGUUGACGUAGUUUAAAGAGCGAAGACGCACACCAGGCAGGCGGGAGGGGAGGUGGAUUGGUCUAACAAACACAAGGCUUUCAUGCAGGAGGUCGCUGUUUCACUUCACUUUCCCGUCACAAUCAGCUGUUUGUUUGAGUCCGGUGUUCACAACAUUCAGUGUCAUUUUCACUGUACAGACGUAGUCAUUUUGAACCCAACCAUGUAGUUCUUAAAAGUAGUUCCUACUUUCUACUAGUUCCUAAACCUAACUAUAGUGGUUUUGUUACCUAAUCCUAAAGUGACACCAAGGGUAACUAUACAGUAGUGGUUUUGAUGCCGAAAAUAAAGUAAUGCCAAAAAUAAAGUGACGCCAAGGGGCGGUAUGUGACGAGUUAGGAUGAGAAUGUGUUGGUAUGACGUGUGGCUGGCUUCAUAUGUCUCCAUAUCCUUGUUUAUUUAAUAAUUCAGUAUUUUAGCAACAUUUAACAGACAAUUACUCAUAAGCCCCAGAGUCAAGGGGCCGGGGUUAUUAUGUGUCUGUAAUAACAGCAGGACAAAGAGGGGAGAACGCUGUAGAAGAUUUUAGACAGCAAAAAAAACAGAAAUAAAACUGGGAAAAUGGCUUUAGAAGAGAGCGUUUUAUGGAUAUGGACGAAACCAAGUCAGAAUGACGCAAAUACCCACGCUGUAAAUUUCUAGUACGGAGCUGUUUUUUCUGUGCUCACAAAAUAAUCAUUGUUUAACUUUGUUAAAAUCAAAAAGGUUUAGAUUACUAAUAGUAACUACAGUAGUGGAGCUGAUUUUUACUUCAAAUAUUUUAAGUAAACCACAGGAACACGCUUAAUUUUUCUCAGAAAAGCAGAUGAAAGAAAUUCUGAAUGAAAUAUUGCAUCUAGUUACAGAAGUUAGUGAGGCUAGCCCAGAUGUGACGUCAUGACUUUGGCUUAAGCCACCAGGAAGUGCGCUGGGCAUCGAGCAAAUUUUACAUAGUGGCCAAUCGGUGGAAUUACAACUUCCGUGUCCGAAACGUGAUGCCAUCGGGCCAAAAAAGACUUUUUCCCAUAGACUUACAUUGCGAAAGAGACGUCUCUAAAUCAGCAGAUAAUUCAAUCAACUUCCCAGUUCGAACACCAGAAUAGUCCUUAUUUUAAAUCAGUAGGUCCUAAAAGUUGUAAAAUGCACUAAUAGCCGAAUCCAGCGUUAUUUUCCUUCCUCCGUUCACGUGAAUAAGCACCAGACCAUGGCUGGGAGGUGGGGUUAAAGGAAACACUACUGUGCCUGCUCUAUGGGCCCAAUGGAUGCGGAAGAUCGCUGGAUGAUCCGUGUAAUUUUAUACUCGGAAGUCAAGCUUUUUUUGCCUCAUGUGCCACUGAGCAACUUUCCUAGGAAUAAACGGGGCCCUGCCUUGAACGCUGUAUCCAGUUCUCUUUUUACAUCCAUGCUUCGGCUCUCUAUAAUCCACGCACGGCGUCAUGGGGCUACGAACAAGGUGAAUCGGCCAAGCAGAAUAGUCGAACAGGAAAUCAAAAUCCUGUCACGUACUGGAUUUCCACCUUUAGUCAAAUGCACUGUUAACUGUUUAAAAAAAAAAAAAAAACUCUAUGGAGAUAUGUAACUCGAUUGUUUGUCCUUUCCUCACUAUAUUGUUGUCUUUGUACCGCAGAUGUGUUCAAGGUUGUGUGCAAGUGAGUUUGUGUGUGUGUGAGAGAGAGAGAAAGGGAGAUCAAAUAUCUCACUGUGGUGUAAAUUAGCUUGUUGAAUUAAUCAUUCCUCCACACAACACGUUGUACAUUUCAUUAUUACUGAUUAAAAUGCUCUUCUCGGGCACUCUCCAAUCCAAAUGUCGCUCCCCAACUUUGUUUGUUUGUAGAAAUAGCAUGCAGCGCUGAGCUUUCUUUGCCUUUUGAUGUGUGACAAACAGAAUAGCAGGACUAAAGACAGUGUGUACAUGUAUGAUCCUGUGAUACACAUGUUAACUCCAUACUGUACAUACAUCACAUAAAAAAACAUCCGGGCUGUCUUUAAAGUCGGGCCGCUGUUGCUGCUUUGGGCUUCCCAUCAAACAGAAUGUGUGGAUGAAGGAUGGACUUUUCCAGGGAUGAAAGCAGGAAGCCACACAACAGAAGCUCUGUGCACAUACAGAUCACAUAGCUUUAUUUUCUGUGGACAGCAGCAAAGGUUCUGUAUUAUAAAUCAGCGCAUACGGCCGAGUGUCUUUUCAAAUGGUGCAGAUGCAGCAUUUUCUGCUUUCAAAAAGAACUUUGUGAAGAAUCUCUGUAAUUUGUCCUUGGCUGUCUUUCAUAAUAUCUGCUUGUCUCCCACUUUUUCCUCUUCCUUUCUUUACCCUUCAUUCCCCAUCUCUCUGCCCCUCUUACAGGUACUUUCUUUGUCCCUCCAUCCUUCUUUCCACCCAUACGUAGUAGGUUUUGCUACCUUUAUAGAAAAUCAUUAAACUGGUGCUGACUGAC